GCUGUGUGCAGAGGAGAGUGCAGUGCGCCCGGGGAGAGCGGAGAGCAGCGCACAGCCUGCAGCACCGUGCACAGCGCCCCCCCCUCCUUCUUCCUCCCACCCCCGCUCACCAUGGCUGACCCCGCCGCCGAUGGAGAGAUGGAAGAGACCACCAACCGUUUCGCCAGGAAGGGAGCCCUCCGCCAGAAGAACGUGCAUGAGGUGAAGGACCACAAGUUCACUGCGCGCUUCUUCAAGCAACCCACCUUCUGCAGUCACUGCACCGACUUCAUCUGGGGCUUCGGGAAGCAGGGAUUCCAGUGUCAAGUUUGCUGCUUUGUGGUACACAAGCGCUGCCAUGAAUUUGUUACCUUCUCCUGUCCUGGGGCUGACAAAGGACCUGCAUCUGAUGAUCCGAGAAGUAAACACAAGUUCAAAACUCACACGUACUCCAGCCCAACCUUCUGCGACCACUGCGGUUCCUUAUUAUAUGGUCUCAUUCACCAAGGGAUGAAAUGUGAAACAUGUAUGAUGAAUGUACACAAACGCUGUGUAAUGAACGUGCCAAGCCUCUGCGGAACAGACCACACUGAGCGCCGGGGCCGGAUACACAUCAAAGCUGACAUCGCUCAGGAUGUGCUGACCGUUGUGGUUGGAGAAGGCAGGAAUCUGGUUCCCAUGGACCCAAAUGGACUCUCUGACCCGUAUGUAAAACUAAAACUCAUCCCGGACCCCAAAAGUGAAAGCAAGCAGAAGACCAAAACCGUCAAAUGUUCCCUAAACCCCAUCUACAACGAGACGUUUAAAUUCAACUUGAAGGAUUCGGACAAAGACCGCAGGUUGUCGGUGGAAAUCUGGGACUGGGACCUUACCAGCAGGAACGAUUUCAUGGGGUCUUUAUCGUUUGGAAUCUCAGAGCUGCAGAAGGCCGGAGUGGAUGGGUGGUUCAAGAUGCUGAGCCAGGAAGAAGGGGAGUAUUUCAAUGUGCCCGUGCCACCGGAGGGAGAGGAGGGAAAUGAAGAGCUUCGGCAAAAAUUUGAGAGAGCCAGAAUUGGGCCGAGCUCCAAAGCGGCAGAAGAAAAAGCAGGGAAUCUCGUGCCCAAAAUCGACAGUAACGGCAAUAGAGACCGUGUGAAAGUGUCGGAUUUUAACUUCCUCAAAGUUCUGGGCAAAGGAAGCUUUGGGAAGGUGAUACUUGCAGAGAGGAAGGGCACAGAUGAGUUGUAUGCCAUAAAGAUCCUAAAGAAAGAUGUUGUGAUACAAGAUGAUGACGUGGAAUGCACAAUGGUUGAGAAGAGGGUGCUGGCAAUAGGUGGAAAACCCCCCUUCCUGACACAACUACACUCUUGCUUUCAGACCAUGGAUCGUCUAUAUUUUGUUAUGGAGUAUAUUAAUGGCGGAGACCUCAUGUAUCAGAUUCAACAAGUUGGUCGUUUCAAGGAACCUCAUGCAGUAUUCUAUGCAGCAGAAAUUGCGGUUGGACUGCUCUUCCUUCAAAGCAAAGGCAUUGUGUACCGGGACUUGAAGCUGGACAAUGUUAUGUUGGACUCGGAGGGCCACAUCAAGAUUGCAGACUUUGGGAUGUGUAAAGAGAACAUGUGGGAUGGAGUGACAACAAAGACUUUUUGUGGCACCCCAGACUAUAUAGCCCCAGAGAUCAUCGCUUACCAACCAUACGGGAAGUCUGUGGAUUGGUGGGCCUUUGGCAUCUUACUUUACGAAAUGUUAGCUGGGCAGGCUCCUUUUGAAGGGGAGGAUGAAGAUGAACUAUUCCAGUCUAUCAUGGAGCACAAUGUAGCCUAUCCCAAGUCUAUGUCCAAGGAAGCUGUGGCUAUCUGCAAAGGGCUUAUGACGAAACAUCCCGGCAAACGCUUGGGCUGUGGACCAGAAGGGGAGCGAGAUAUAAAGGACCACGCAUUCUUCCGAUAUAUAGACUGGGAGAAGCUCGAGAUGAAAGAGAUCCAACCGCCCUACAAGCCAAAGGCGAAGGACAAGAGAGACACGUGUAACUUUGACAAGGAGUUCACCCGGCAGCCCGUGGAGCUCACCCCCACGGACAAACUCUUUAUCAUGAACCUGGAUCAGAACGAGUUCGUUGGAUUCUCAUACACAAACCCGGAGUUUGUAAUCACUGUGUAGGACGCAACGGAAGAACCCAACACCUAUGCGAAGCCUUCAACCGUAAGCUGGUGGGUAGGGCCACGCCUGGCAAGCCAAACCAGAACUGCUGGCAUUUUGGUACCUGGUACUUAGGCAGCUAAAGAACUUAAGUGUGCCUAUUUCCAGUGCAUAGAGGAAGCAGCCAAUUUCUGACCGGCGGAUGGCCAGACAAUUUAAGUGGAUUAAGAUGCAACCGAGACCACUUUUUAUGUACUAUUCCUCGGGAGGCAGACAUCUCUGACUGUGAAACCCUCAACGAUUGGUUAUUAAGAUGGUAAAAAUGUUGCUGGUCACAUGGUUGCCUGUUGCCAGGCAAGUGUUUUUGGCCAAAUCUAUACUCAGUCUGCUCAGUUAACUAGAAGCCAGUGAGCUACCAUAUAAAUUUACAUCAGUAGUUCCUAGUGUACCGUUAUCUCGUAAAAUGGCUGCUUCCACAUUGCACUGCACCUGAAUCCUUUUUGAUGCAAAUAAGACAGGCUUGGCCUAAUACUAUGCCUAACAAUCUACAACGGACCCCUACCUUAAGACAUAGCUUAGUGUCCUUGGAGAUCCCUUGGCUGCUGCUCAACUGAUAUCUGAACAUUCAGCUACAGUGAUGCUUACACAUUACCACUGUAUGUGAAUGGUCAAGCUGUAAUAUCAGAUGUCGACAUCAGAUGGCACUGCAGUUGGAAGUUCUGGUCUUGUUAAAACUUGGAAGGGGUGUAACACUUUAUAGAGACAGUAAUAUAGAUGAUUCUCAAUUC